AUGGUUAUGCCGACUGUUGUCUCCGACCGCAUGGGCACUAUCGAUUUCAUCGAUUAUACAAACAAUCAUGUCUUUUCAAAGUGUCAAACCGACAGUUUGAACAUCAUCAAAAAUGGCUCCUUGAAGCACGAUGAUUACCUCCGCGGCCUUGCCAAUGGCAAGUUAGUCGCCAAACAACUGAUUGGCGAUGCCCUCCGCCAGCGUGUGGAGAGCAUUGACUACGAGUUCUGCGAGCCCGGCGAUGAGGACACCUUCUUUGUCGCCGAUCUCGGCGAGGUCUACCGCCAGCACCUCCGCUGGAAGUUGAACCUUCCCCGCGUCAAGCCGUUCUAUGCUGUCAAGUGCAACCCCGACGACAGGCUCUUGCGGCUUUUGGCCGCUCUCGGCACCGGCUUCGACUGUGCCUCCAAGGCCGAGAUUGAGCAAGUUCUCCGCAUGGGCGUCGAUCCCUCUCGCAUUAUCUAUGCACAGCCGUGCAAGACCAACUCCUACGUGCGCUAUGUCGCCCAGCAGGGCGUGCGCCAGAUGACCUUCGAUAACGCCGAUGAGCUGCGCAAGAUUGCGCGCUUGUAUCCCGACGCCGAGCUCUUCCUCCGCAUCCUUACCGACGAUUCUUCGUCCCUUUGCCGUCUCAGUCUGAAGUUCGGCGCUUCCCUCGACUCCACCGACGGUCUCUUGGGCCUUGCCCGCCAGCUGGGUCUCAGCGUGGUUGGCGUCAGCUUCCACGUUGGCUCUGGCGCCUCUGAUCCCACUGCUUUCUUGAAGGCUGUCCAGGACGCUCAUGUCGUCUUCCAGCAGGCCGCUGCUUAUGGCUACAAUCUCAAGACUCUUGAUGUGGGUGGAGGCUUCUGCAGCGACGAUACUUUCGAGCAGAUGGCCAGCGUCUUGCGCGCUGCCCUCGAUGAGUACUUCCCGGCCCAUACCGGCGUCAACCUCAUCGCUGAGCCUGGUCGCUACUACGCUUCCUCGGCAUUCACCCUUGCCUGCAACAUCAUUGCUCGCCGCACUAUUCAGGACGGCUCUGCUGUCUCGGUCUCCGACUCCUCUUCUUCCAUGAGCGACGACGGAUCGAUGAACAACGGCGACGCCAGCUACAUGGUCUAUGUCAACGAUGGUCUGUACGGAAACUUCAGCAGCAUCAUGUUCGAUCACCAGCACCCCGUGGCCAAGAUCCUCCGUGCUGGCGGCCGUACCAUGUACGACUCUGUUGCUGCUCACGAGUCUGCUUCGGAGGACGCCAUUGAGUACAGCAUCUGGGGUCCCACUUGCGACGGCAUUGAUCGCAUCACCGAGAGCAUCCGCUUCCGCGAGAUUCUCGAUGUUGGCGACUGGCUGUACUUUGAGGAUAUGGGUGCCUACACCAAGUGCUCGGCCACCACCUUCAACGGUUUCUCCAACGAGCAUGAUGUCAUCUACGUCUGCAGCGAGCCUGGUGCCCUGGCUCUCAUGGAAUUGUAA